GGCAUUGCAUAGAGAGACAGAGAAAGAAAGAAAGAAAGUUUUUGGAUAGAGAGAGAUGAGGAGAGCAUCUUUUUAGCACGCUUUGCUUCCUGAGCUGAGUAACCCACCAAUAUAUAUUUUUGUUUUUUUUCAUGUUUUGAUUGAGUGAAUAAUAAUGCUCUAUGUACUGUUCCCUCUUUUGGGUUCUUUUGCUCCUCAAAUACAUUCUCCUCCUUCAAUCUCCUUUCAUCUUCCUCUUCUCUCCUUCUCCUUCUCCUUCUCCCUCAUUAUAUAUAUAUCCUCUUCAACCCUUUGCUUCGCUGCCUAUUUUCAUUCUCUUCUCGUCUUUCUUUCCACGAUUUGAGACCUGGGUCCUCUUUUUUAUCAUCUCUUCUUCAAGAUUUCACCAGUUUUCUUGCCUAUUUUCUCGAACAAUUUCAUUCAGAAAGGAUACCAAUUCGUAUUUCCUGAUUUCUCCCAUCUGGGUUUCCUCAAAAACUCCCAAAUCUUUCAAUGGAGAUGAAUGGGUGUUCUGAGAAAGACGAGGAUUGUCCUCAGCUGUUGGAUUUGAUCCCCAAACACCGCCAAUGGCUUUCCGCCGUAGAUGUCGCCGGAAAAACGCAAACCUCCGACGACAAGAAGCUUGAGCUGAGGCUUGGCCUGCCUGGAGAAGCCGACUGGUCCCGCAAUGAAAGAAAUGACUCUGUUCUCUCUUUUGGCCAUUUUCCCACUUCUUCAAAAUUUUCUCCCUCUGAGAAUCCGUGGUCGUCGUCUGCAAAUUUCCUUGGAAAGCUUCAACCCAACAACUUUUCAGGGUUUUGUUCUAAAAUGGGAGAUUUACAAAAUGCUGAAGCCAAAUCAUUUCCUUCCUCUGCUAACACACCUGUUUCUAACACUUCUCAGAAAAGGACUGCGCCUGCUCCAGUUGUGGGAUGGCCACCAAUUCGAUCCUCGAGAAGAAACCUCAGAAGCAGCAGCUUUGAGAAGCCUGCAGUGGAGUCCGCGGAUGCCGCCCCGAGCAAGCUCCCGGCUCCCCGGGAGAAACGGGUCGAAGCUGGUGGGAAGGGACUGUUUGUGAAGAUCAAUAUGGAUGGAGUUCCCAUUGGUAGGAAGAUAGAUCUCAAUGCCUAUGACAACUAUCAAAGACUUUCGUCUGCUGUUGAUGAACUGUUCCGAGCCUUACUUGCUGCUCAAAGAGAUUCGUCAGGCAGUGGCGUGUUGAAGAAGCAAGAAGAAGAGAAACCAAUCACGGGUUUGCUGGAUGGAAGUGGAGAAUAUACGCUUGUUUAUGAGGACAACGAAGGCGACAGAGUUCUUGUUGGCGAUGUGCCGUGGCAAAUGUUCAUUUCCACGGUGAAGAGGCUGCGCGUGCUGAAGAGCUCUGAAUUGCCAGCGUUGAGUGUGGUUGGUUCGAGGCCGCAGAAGAGAAGUUAAGUUGUAAGGAGAAGGUUUAGAGAAGAUAGAAUCACUCAUGCUUUAAUCAUCAUCCCCAUACACUAAUGGGGUUAUGCUUUUCAUUUUGUAAUUUCUGAAAUUGCAAUGUAAAAUCCAAUCAAAUCAAUCUCCCAUCGCCUAAAUUAGCCACU